AUGGCUGACCUGUAUGCGGUAUUACGGUUAAAGCCUGCGGGUCAAGUCAGACUCGUGAACAUUCUUCCAGGAAGCCAUUCAGACCCUCUCGCCUGCGAGCUUCAGGUGGUUAAUAUCCCAGACAAAAAGGAAGAAUAUGUUGCACUGUCAUACACCUGGGGCUCGCCGAAACCACUCGAAAAUAAGGAAGCAGAAGCACGCUCAAGCCAGCCGCAAUUACCACUACUCUGCAUGGCGAAGUCUCAGUCUAACGAUAGAUCUCAUCAGGCCUGGCAUCAGAUAUUGGUGACUGAAAAUCUCCAUGCUUUCCUACUUCGAGCACGCGACAACGACACGCACAUUCGCAACUCUUACUGGAUAGACGCUAUCUGCAUCGACCAGAAUGACGCUGACGAACGUACUCAUCAAGUCCGUAUGAUGGGUACUAUCUAUCAAUCUGCCAAAAUGGUGUAUGCCUGGCUGGGCGAAGAAGACAAGGACACGAGCAUCGCAUUCCGGUUGAUAACGACUUUGAUGAGCAGUUGCAGAAGCACCGAGCGACGCAAAAGGAUCGAGGGAUUGAUGGACAUCACGCCAAAAGGCUUGGGGACUCCGGCUUUGUCUAGAAGACUCGGAGAAUGUGCAAAUGUCAUCGCCUGGACAUCCAUGGCCAACCUCUUCCAAAGGAGAUACUUCACUCGCGCAUGGAUAAUACAAGAAAUAACGCUUGCCAAGAAGAUGAUUGCUUUGUGCGGAAGUCAUACUGUGGGCUGGGAGGCUAUCACAACAGUGUCAGAGUUUCUGGUAGUCACAUCAUGGACAAGAUGGAUAGCCAGAAUGACGGGCUCACAACAAGCAAGCCAUGGCGUCCCAAAUGUUCUCGACGUCAACAAAAGUUCGAAAAGCCUACUUUAUUCUCUCAUAAGAUCCCGCCGUUUCGUAUCGAUAGAUCCCCGAGAUAAGGUCUACUCGCUGCUCGGCAUUGCAGGAGAGUCCGUUGCGCUAAAGAGCCGUUUGUCACCCGUUUAUGGCGAGAGGUCAGUUGCGGAAACAUAUACGCUGGCUGCUAUACAGAUUCUCGAGGACUCAGACGAUCUGCUAUUACUCUCUUGUGCCGAAGGUGAUAGAUUUCGCAACAUUGCUUCUGCGCCGUCCUGGGUUCCUGAUUGGAGUUGCGACCGAGCUCUUGGAUUGGGUAUCACCGGUUAUAAGAGGUUCGCAGCGGCCGGCAAUCUUCCCAGAGUCCUCAGUGUCAAUGAAUGGGAUCGGUGUUUGACAGUACAAGGAUUUCGACUGGAUGAUGUCGUGGCUAGCGGCGAAGACAAGGAGACCAUUCUCAAUGGAAAACCAUUUCCUGGGUGGCUCCGAAUUUUCGAAGCGAUGCCUCCUACGUAUCACACGGGGCAAACCCGGUCGGAGGUUUUUUGGCGAACACUGAUCACGGACACGGCGGGAGUCCCUCCUCGCUAUCCUGCUCCCGAUAGCUAUCAUGCUGCAUACGUUUCCUGGAUAACCUCAAUGCUAUCGGCUCGGGUCGAAGAUAUGCUCCAAAGCACCGAGGAUCCAGCUUUCAUGAACGCCAUUACGGCAUUGGUAGCAACCAACAUUACCGGUUCAUCAUCGUCUUCGAAUGCAGCAUUGGGCUUACACGGUAGUGUUUCACCUACAGCACAAGAAGACACCAUCGGCUUUGACGAGUUCGAGACAACGUUCUCGCAUGCUCUUCAUCUCCGGUUGUUCCUGACGGGUAGGCGAUAUCUUGGAGUGGGUUCAGGGUCUCUUCUCGAGCAGGAUUCGAUAUGGAUCGUACCUGGGUCUCGUGUACCUCUGAUACUCCGGCAGAUCGAUAUUGACACAUUCCGGCUUGUUGGAGGCGCCUAUGUGCAUGGUUUCAUGCAAGGCGAAGCUCUGGUCUCUAAUCCCAUUUUUCGAAGCAUCACUUUGAAAUGA